GCCCACAAGAAGCUGUGAAUGGUAGACAGCUCCUCGUAUUUCGCUCCGCUGGUGAGCAGCUCGCCAGUCAGAGUGAGUGGAGCCUGAGCAGAGCGCACAGCUACAGCCAGCCAUCUCCUGAUGUCAUGUAAAAUAACUGGAAGAAUAGUGGAAUUUUCUUUUUCGCAACAAACGGAUAAUAUAAGUGAUUUAAAAGCACUCGCAUACGCGUGAUUUUUUCUUUUUUAUUCCUAGGACUUACGCGCGCUGAAGUGGCCAUGGCGCAUUUUACGCACUGCAGAAACUGUGUUCAGGAGGCUGAAACUACCAAAAACAUGGAUUAAACAGCUACAAGUCGUUUUUCCUUUUUACUUCAGGAGAGCUCAAAUGGCGGCACUUCGUAGAAAAUUCGGCGAAGACUACCAGGUGGUCAACACAAACCGGGCGACUACUUUUUCUGCUCCGGUGAAGAAGAAACGCCAGCGCUUCGUGGACAAGAAUGGUCGCUGCAAUGUGCAGCACGGAAACCUCGGCGGGGAGACCAGCAGGUACCUCUCUGACCUCUUCACCACUUUGGUAGAUCUAAAGUGGAGAUGGAACCUGCUCAUCUUCAUAUUAACUUACACGAUCGCCUGGCUGGUCAUGGCUUCUAUGUGGUGGAUCAUCGCUUAUAUCAGAGGAGAUCUAAAUCACGGCCACGACGCCUCCUACACCCCCUGCGUGGCCAAUGUUUACAACUUCCCCUCAGCUUUUCUGUUUUUCAUCGAGACCGAGGCCACGAUCGGUUACGGCUACCGGUACAUUACAGAGAAGUGUCCGGAGGGCAUCAUCCUCUUCCUGUUCCAGUCGCUGCUGGGCUCCAUAGUGGACGCUUUUCUCAUCGGCUGCAUGUUCAUAAAAAUGUCCCAACCUAAGAAACGCGCAGAGACGCUCAUGUUCAGUCAGGACGCGGUGAUUUCUCAGCGAGACGGCAAACUGUGCCUCAUGUUCCGUGUGGGCAACCUGCGGAACAGCCACAUGGUGUCCGCUCAGAUCAGAUGCAAACUCAUAAAGUCUCGUCAGACACCCGAAGGCGAGUUCCUGCCUCUGGACCAGUGUGAACUGGAUGUUGGUUUUGGCACGGGAGCCGACCAGCUCUUCUUGGUGUCCCCUCUCACCAUUUGCCACGAAAUUAAUCCCAAGAGCCCCUUUUUCGACCUUUCGCAGCGCUCUCUCAUGAACGAACAGUUUGAGAUUGUCGUAAUCCUCGAAGGCAUCGUGGAGACCACUGGUAUGACAUGCCAGGCACGGACGUCUUACACUGAGGACGAGGUUUUAUGGGGCCAUCGCUUCCUGCCGGUGAUGUCCCUGGAGGAGGGCUUCUUCAGGGUGGACUACUCUCAGUUCCACAGCACGUUUGAGGUGCCGACACCUGCGUACAGCGUCAAGGAGUACGAAGAGAAGAACUCACUGCCCUCGCCUCUGUCCACUCCCACCCCUGCACUGACUGAGAGCCAGGGCGCCCGGCGUCACCGCGUGUUUUCCGUGGAUUGCAUCAACACAGCGGAUGAAAGGAGGCCGGGUCGACUGCCGAGCAAGCUGCAGAGGAUUAGCUCAUCUGGGAAGGAGGACCUGCAGAGGAAGGUGCUCCUGAUCAGCUCCCACCACUCAGAGAAGGCCUGCAGCACGGGCGACCUGCCGCUCAAGCUCCAACGGCUCAGCUCCUCGCCUGGACCCGAGGAGGAGAAUCGACUGCAGCUAAAAUCUCUCAAGGUGGGCUUCGAACCCAUGACCCAGUCUACUGGAGAUCUGUACCAGCACAGCCUCAUGCCCACGCUGUCCCCUUCUCCGGCCCCCAUGCACAGCCCACUGCUCUCAGGUGGAGGGAGGCCGGAGGACAACCUGCCAGCCAAACUGCGGAAGAUGAACGCUGACCGCUGAAACCCAGACGGUCCCAAAAAAAAACCCAACUGAUUUCUAACCAGGACACACGCAUGGAAACAGAUUCAGAGAUGAACUUUAACUUUGGAUGCUUUGAUAGAAAAAAAACUCUGAUGGUUUACUUACAAUUCAUUAAUUUUUUUUUUGGUUUUCUUGAGACACAACCUUUACUGGAAUUACUGUGAUCUUUGUAUUUCAUAGCGGAGGCAUUCAUGCAGGCUUUGUUACACUCGAAACAAGAAGAAAACACAAAUCAUGCUUUAAUGCAAACUUGAUCAUUCUGCAAGAGUUGUGCAUGUAUACACUGAAUCCAUGAUGCACCACUACACUUAAUAGUCAAUCUUAGUUUUAUCUAAAUAUAAAUUAUAUAAAGAUGGAAAAUAAAUGCUGUUUGAUCUUUC